CACAGAGGAAGUGCUUUCCUAUUGGUGCCCGCCAGGCGAGAGGAGCCCUCACACCCGCUGCCCGGGAGAUCCAAGGCCCGAGCAGGUGGGGACGCCCUGCCAGGACAAGGCUUGGCCCGGCGCAGGCACCCGAGCCCGGAGACAGGAACCAGCAGCCGGGGCCUGCGAGGAAAGCCAGGGCAGGCGGGCAAGGCAGGCAGGGCACGGGAAGGCGCGGCGUGGAGAGACCUGCGGGAGCAAGCUGCGAGCAGCAUGUUCGGGGCAGAGGAGGUCUGCACGGGGCCUGAGCAGGAGAGGGAGCUCCCAGCGACAUGUUCUGGGGGCCCCUCCGGAGGCAGCGAAGCAAAGGCCAGAAAGAGCCGCUCCUCCCGCUCCUCCCGGGCCGGGCUGCUCUUCCCCGUGAGCCGCGUCGACAGGCAGCUGCGCAGAGGCCUCUUUGCUGAGCGCUUUGGAGCCAGGGCCCCCGUCUACCUGGCUGCGGUGCUGCAGUGCGUGACGCACGAGGUCAUGGACGUGGCUGGCAUGAUUUGCAAGAAGAGCAAGCAGAAGCGCAUCUCUCCAUCGCACUUGCAGACGGCGCUGCAGAAGUGCGCUGGGCUCAAGCAGCUCCCGCGAGGAGCUGCAGUGCCCAGGCGCCGCCGCAGGGCUGCCCCCCAAAGCCCGCGCGUGGCCUCGCCCUCCAAGAAGAACACGACCAAGAGUAAGAAGAGAUGCCCCAGGCAAAGGGCUGCACCGGCCCGUGCCACUGCUGCUGUCAACUGAGAAGAAAGCAGAAGCUCUUGCCCCACACCGGCAAGGCAAGGGCUGCGACACGUGCAAGGCCAAAUCCAGCUCUACGGUCUACAGGC